GCGGUUUUUUUUUCUACGCUGUAACACUCUUUGCACUUUUAACCAUGGAGGAUUCAGCAGCUUUGAGAAGACUUCAAAAUCCAACGGUGAUACCAACCAUUGACUUCACUCAGCACACCAUGGACGAUGGAAGGCUUGUAAAUACUCAAGAACGUGUUAUUAAAGAGGUGCAAGCUCCGGCUGUGAUGGUGCCAACUGAUGACCAGUUCUGGUCCAAAGAGAGACCCGGGCUUCCCGACAUUGCCUUCUUAAAAAACCAUUUCUAUCGCGAAGGGCGUUUGACUGAAGAGCAAGCUCUUUACAUUAUCCAGAAGGGUACAGAGAUAUUGCAUAAAGAACCAAAUUUGUUGGAAGUUGGUGCUCCCAUCACUGUUUGCGGUGAUAUUCAUGGCCAGUACUACGAUCUCAUGAAGCUUUUUGAAGUCGGAGGCGACCCAGCAAAUACCACAUACUUGUUCUUGGGCGAUUACGUUGAUCGAGGUUAUUUCUCUAUUGAGUGUGUACUUUAUCUAUGGUCUUUAAAAAUGUGGUAUCCAAACACAUUGUUCCUGUUGCGCGGAAACCACGAAUGCCGUCAUUUGACAGAUUAUUUUACCUUCAAAUUAGAAUGCAAGCACAAGUACAGCGAGAAAAUAUAUGACGCUUGCAUUGAAUCUUUUUGCUCCUUGCCAUUGGCUGCCGUCAUGAAUAAGCAAUUCCUUUGCAUUCACGGUGGUUUAUCACCCGACCUUCACACUCUGGACGAUUUGCGAAAUAUCAAUCGCUUUAGAGAGCCACCGACUCAAGGUCUAAUGUGCGAUCUCCUUUGGGCCGAUCCUCUGGAAGACUUUGGACAAGAAAAAACAAAUGAGAUGUUUGCUCACAAUCAUGUCAGAGGCUGUUCAUACUUCUUUAGUUACCAUGCAGCAUGUGCAUUCUUAGAGAGAAAUAAUCUAUUGUCAAUAAUCAGAGCCCAUGAAGCUCAAGACGCUGGGUACAGAAUGUAUCGAAAAAGCAAGGCAACCAGUUUCCCUGCUGUGAUGACUAUAUUUUCUGCUCCCAAUUAUCUGGAUGUGUACAAUAACAAGGCCGCCGUAUUGAAAUAUGAAAACAAUGUGAUGAACAUUCGUCAAUUCAACUGCACACCCCAUCCAUACUGGCUACCAAACUUCAUGGAUGUGUUCUCCUGGAGUUUACCCUUCGUUGGUGAAAAAAUCACCGACAUGCUACUGGCUAUUCUCAAUAUCUGCAGUAAGGAAGAGUUGGCGGAAGAAGAGACCAAAGCCAUUGCAGCUGCCGCACCGAAGGUUCCUGUCACAGCAGAAGAAGCAGCAGAGAGAAGACAAAUUAUCAAGAACAAAAUUUUGGCCAUUGGAAAAAUGUCUCGUGUAUUCUCAGUUUUGCGUGAGGAGUCUGAACGUGUUAUGGAGUUGAAGAGUAUCUCACCCACCGGCAAAUUGCCAGUCGGUACACUCGCUUUGGGUGCCGAAGGCAUCAAACACGCUAUUACAUCCUUUGAGGAAGCUCGUAGAUCUGAUAUUGAGAACGAACGCCUCCCUCCCACACGCCAAGCUAAAGAAGCCAUGCAAAAAGAAGAGACUGAUAGCAAGAUCCGUGAUGCCGUCGAAGAAGAGGAUCAGAAUCUUCAUGAGAUAGCUGAUGCUAUUAUGAACGAAGCAGACCCUCAACAAUCAUAAGAUCGAUUCAGUUGUUUUAGUAUAGUAGUUCGCAAUAAAAGAAAAUACUUCUUCAUGAUACAAUGCAAGCCGCAACAAUAACAACAUCCAAAUUAGGC